AUGCGUGUCUUGCCAUUUCUCGCUGUCCUCCCAGCGCUUGCUGCGGCUCAAGAACAGACCCCUCUCGUCGAACGCGUACAGGGAUGGUUUAACAAGGCCAAAUCAUACCUUCCAAGUCCCACUCCCGUUGCCCCCGUGGAGAAGGUUGCCGAGCAGAUAGCCCAGAAGGCCGUCACCCCGUUCAACUUGAGCAACUGGCAGUCCCUUUUGGAACCAUCUUCCGAGCCUCAGGAGUGGUUAGUGUUUGUUACUGGGGGGAAUAAAACUUGCUUCGGUCGCUGCGGCCGCGCAGAGAAGGCCUUCAAUGAAUCCAUACUUCUCUUCUCUGUAGAUCGGACUUCUCCCCAUCUUGGUUCCUUGAACUGCGAAAAGGAGAAUGUUCUUUGCUCUACCUGGUUUGCCAGCCCUCCUACUGUCUGGCACUUCCAGAUCCCCCAAGCCCAGAUUGGGGAAGAACGCCUGCCCACACCUCUUCACAUUGUCCCUCUGAAUACGUCUACCAUCACCCCGGAAGGUAUUUAUAAGAUUCACUCUGAAAAGAACUACAAGACAUUCCCUGCCUAUGAGGGUGCGCUUCACCCGACCGACGGCUGGCUCGCGAAGACUGGACUCAAUGUUGCGCUCGGAUACAUUAUAUUUGGUUUCAGCGCAAUCCCUAGUUGGCUUUUCAUGAUUGGUGUCAGUCUUUUCAGCAGGACUUUCGCGGGCCGCCGUUUCGCGAACCAGGUACCGGAGCGUCGCGCUGCUCAAGCUGGACGCCCGAAUUAG